CCAGUAAUCGCCCUCGCCCUCGCCCUCGCCCAGUCGUCCACUCCACAUUCCCACUCCCACCGGCGUCCACCACACCACCGCCGACAGUGCUCGCCUGAAUCCCCUCCACGACUGCGUCGGCACAUCUGAACGAAAAGGAAAAACGAAAUUUAAGUGAUUGUCUCCCCCGAGCUUUCAUACAAAGAAAGAAGAAGCAUUGUUGCAUUUUUACAGAAAGGAUUUCCAGAAAGCAACCAUGGAUGUCGAUUCACAGCCAACUAUGGAGGAAACAAUUUUGGUUGGUGAUGAUCUAAUGACGGGUCCUCCAUCACCAAUAGUACCACCAGACAUAGCUUCCCAUGUGCUCGAAGGUGUUGAUCUAUGUGAUGUAAUUCUGAGGAAGCUAUUUUUGUGCCUGCAAAUCAAUGACAUUGAACCAUUCUGUCAGGACGAGAUUGCUCUGUAUAAACAAUGUGCUGACAGAAGGGAUAAAGAGAUAAGAAAACGGCUUCAAGAUAGUGAAUUCAAAUUGGGUUCAUCAAUUCCUUUAGAUGAAGCCAAGGAGAGGACUGCUCAGCUUGAGGCAGAAGUUACAUCAUUGGAGAGGCGCUUGAUUCUUGCUAGUGGAGUUGAGGGAAUUGAAGGUUUCCGCCAGAGAUGGAGCUUGCAUGGCCGCCUUACUGAUUCCAAAAAAAGGUUGGAGUUCUUAAAGCAGGGCAUGGAUGGAAGGAAAGGAUGAAUUCGUUGGGGAAUCGACUACCAAAGUGUUGUUCUUGAGGGGAAGGUUGAACAUGCAUCAGGGGUUGCACAAUGUUAUGUUACCCUCUGAUUUUAAAUUACAGAAAUGCUAUUACUUUUUAACCUUCAUUUGUAUGAAAUAUUUAAUAUCUAAUAUUAUGUAUUAGAGUUAUUGUCAAAAAAAGAGUAUUAGAGUCGUCCCAAGUUUGUGUUUUUUGGACCAAAGUCAGUUAUGGCUCUUCUAAAUAAAGUGAAUGAACUACUUAAUUUAAAUGUAAAUUAAACAAUACUAAUUAAUGAACAAAUUAUUGUUUUAUUUUUA